UAUAAAAGAAACACACCUCUUAUGUCCUAAAUCACAUUUCAGGAAUUGCAUCCAAAGCAAAGUAGCAAUUCAUAUUCUAUAUCUCACAUUCUCAGUUGUUAUUUAGCUCUAAUCUUUUAUUACAGGUAUGGCGAACAAAAUGGCUUCGCUUUUGAUUCUUGCCUUUGCGCUUAUGGUUGUCGCCCUCAAUGCUUCCCUCGCAAAUGGGGACAUCACAUGUCAAGCUGCCAUAUUAGAUUUGAUGCCAUGUCAGUCUUACUUGGCAAGCUUUGGUCCGCCAACCCCUACCGUCCCUUGCUGUGAUGGUGUUCGAAGUGUGGACGCUCAAGCUACCACCACAGAGAUUCGUAGAAGCCUCUGUGAAUGCUUUAAGAAGGCUGCUGCUGGCAUGCCUAUAGACCCUGCAAAACUUAAGCAGCUUCCUCAGUUCUGUCAAGUCUCUGUUCCUGUUCCUCUUGACCCCAGCAUCGACUGUAGCAAGAUUUCAUUUUAAAUGGAUUUGAUCGAGGGCAUGAAUGAUGGAAAAAUAAAAUUUGGAGAAGGAGAAAGAUUAGUUACAUGCCCGCCCACAGCCAUUGAUGGUUUAUGAUCGAAGAAACUAGUGCUUUGACUAUUGCUAUUAUGCAUGAUGUAUGAUGUAUUGUUUUAAUGAUUAAUAGAAAUCAAUGACUUCUCCAAU